AUGGAUUUACAAGUUUAGAAACUUUAGCAAGAAAUCACAGAUCUUAAAGAAUAUGAGUAGAUGCUUGAAGAUUAAAUAAAGGAACACGAAGAAACUAUAGAUAAAUAAAAGUUGGAUCUGAAUACAAAGGAGACUGAGAUCAAGAAUCUCAAAAAAUAAUUACAAGAGGCAAUCAAAAAGGCAGAUGUCAUUAAUAAUUCCGAUGAUGUGAGUGGAGCGAAAAUUAUUUAAUUGGAAGUGGAAAUCCAUGAUCUCAACUAACAAUUGCAAGAAUCAGCUUAGAAAAUUAAAGCACUUACUCAACAACUCAAUGCCAAAAUUGAAGAGAAUGAAAUGGAGAUUGAAAUCCUAAAAGACGACCAUCAAAAAUCUUUGAGUGAUUAGCAGAUUUAAAUCGAGGCAUUGUAAAAGACAAUAAAUGAAUUGCAACAGCUUCAAAAAAACACAGAAACAAAACAAUCCCAAGAGAUUGCUCCAACUCAAUUAAAUGAUUAAGAGGAAUUACUCUAGAAGAUUCAAAAUUUAACAAAUUAAAUUGAAUAAUACGCAAAAUAACUUGAAAUUAAGGAUAAAUAGAUUGAGUAGUUGUAAUUAAAUGAAGGGAAGCAAGGAAGUAUGGAAGAAGUCGGUAAGAGAUCACAAGAGGAGGAUUAGAAUUUAGAAGAGAAGAUUGCCCAAUUAGAAGAGGUCUUGUUGUAAUAUUAAGAGGAAAAUUCUUAAUUUGCUGCCAAGGAGGAGGCAUCUCAAAAAGAAAAAUAAUAGCUCAAAUAAUAGUUGGAAUCACUAGAAAAACAAAUAAAAGAAAUAUAAUAAUAAGAACAAGAUGCCAGCGUUGCACAAUAACUUGAAGAUCUAAAACUGGAAUAUGAAGAAUUAGUUGAAGAGUACACAUCUACUAAUGAAAAAUUAUAGCAAUCAGAAUUAGAAUGUUAAUAAUUAACUGAUAAAUGCUAAGAGUAUUUGUCAGUCAAGGAGUAAUUGUAGGAUCAAAUCACCUAAUUUGAAACUACAUUAUAACAUCACAAUGAAGUCUUAGAAGAAAACAAUGAAUUGAAAUAAUUGAUGAACAAAGCUUCAGAAUAAAUUAAUAAUCUGUAAAGUAAUAAUGAAUACUAAACACUUUAUCUUUAAUUGAGAGAUGAGUAUGAAGAAUUUAAAGAGCAACUCCAUAUCACCAUUAAAGAGAAAGAUUAACAGUUAUAUUAGGCAGCCUAAUUUUGUUAAGAAUUAGAGGCUUUUAAAGAAUAAGCUCAUAUGCUUGAAGAAAACAACACACUCUUAUCAAACUAGCUCUAAACUCAAUUGGAAAAUAACGAAAAAUAUUAAUAGAGGAUUGAGGAAUUAGAAAAUUAAUUAAACACUCUCUAAAACUAAAAUCAAGACGUUAAUGAUCUUAUGUAGAAGUUGGAUCAAUUAAAACAAGACAACGAAAACUUAAAGACAUAAAAUUACGAAUAUGAUGAAAUGAUCAAGAAUUAUGAAAUUUAAAUGGAUGCCCUUAAAUAAAUUGAAUGCGACUCUCCUAAAAAGAUUUCCAAGUUACAAUAAGAAAAUUCUGAAACCACUGCAGAGUAUAUCAAAUUAAAAGAAAACACAUAAAGAGAGAUACAUCUACUAAAAUAAGAAAGGACCAACUUAUAAAAUGAAAUUGUUGAAAUUAAAUCCUUGCUUGACACAUAUAUUAAUAGUGGAGAAACCUUUGAAUCUAAAACAUAAUACAUUAUCGAUUAUUGGAAUAAAUUAUAAUCAAUUUAAGAUGAAUAAAACAAUCUUGUUGAAAAAUUUCAAUUAGAAAUUCAAGAAUUAAAUGAAAAUAUUGGUUAAAUUCAAUCUUUACAAAAUCUAAGCACAGACCAUUAAUAAUUGAAUUAAGAAUUGUAAAUUAACAGUAGCGAAAAAAAUGAACUUGCCGCUGAUGAGAAUUUAAAUUUAUCAUUAGAAAAAUUAGUAACAAAUGAAGAAACAAAUUAAAAUAAUUUUCAUUUUGAAGUUAAAAAGGUUUAAUAAACAGAAUAUGUUGAAAUAUCGACAUAAACAGAAGAUGUUAUUGAAUAGAAUUAAUAAUAAGAUCAAGUUUAAUAAUAAGAGUAAUAAUAAGAGUAAUAAUAAUAAUAGUAAUAAUAAUAAUAAUAAUAAUAAUAAUAAUAAUAAUAAUAAUAAUAAUAAUAAUAAUAAGAAUAAAAAUAAUAUGAAUCAUAACUCAUUUAAACUGAUGAUGUCAUCUUUUCAGCCCCAUAGAAUUCCGAUAAAGAAACUAAUGAUCAAUUAUGUUAAACUGAUGAAUAAAAAGAAGAUUUAUAAGAAAUAUAGGGUUAAAAUAGUGAACAAUAAAAUAAUGAAUAAAAUGGAAUUGAGCUUAAUAGUUAACAACUCAACGGGGAGCAAGAUCAUGAUUAGAGUAUUAUAACAAAAUUGAUGUAACCAAAUGAAGAUCUAGACGGACAAGGAAGUUAAUUCUAAGAUUUGAACUAAACCGAUCAGUUGAAGAAAAAAGUCGAGGACAUGGAUAACCUAAGAAAAUCUUUAGAGAAAGAAGUCUAUAAUCUUAAAGAUAAGAAUAAGAAAUUAGAAGAAAAACUAUAAAUCAUCUAAAAACCAGGAACACCAAGAAAGCAAUCAGAUGCUAAAGAAGAAAGGAAAAAAUAAUAGGAUAAUGAAUUAAUUUAAAGAUUAUAAAAAUAAAUCAAGGAAUUGUAGGAAGAAAUUCAAUCCUUCAAUGUUCAUUAAUUGAAUGAAUAAAUAGAAUAAUAAUCUAAUGAAAUAGAGCAAUUGUAAUCGGAAAUUGAAUAAUACAAAGAAUAACUAAUUAAAUAAAAGUAGUAAACCAUCAAGUUUAAGAACUAAUUGGAUACAAUUUACAAUUUGGGACCAUAAGCCUUAACAAUGCUAUAAAGCGAACCAAAAAAAGAGUUUUCAUCUACUUAAUUAAUUCAAUAGGAAAAAUAUUAAAUUUCAUCCUUUUUGUAUAUAAAAUCACAAAAAUCAUAUUAAUGCCAAUUUAUUGAAUUAAAUAGGAAGCAGAUAAAGUUGUUUUAAUCAAUAAAGGGAAAAAUUGAGAAAGCUGCAUUUGAUACUUACACAUUUGAUGAAAUAUUCUUUGAUACUCAAAAAAUUCAUUAAUUUUUGGAUUAGUCAAAAUUAAAGUUAUCCAGUGAUUAAACUAAAGUAUAUCUUAUCCUAGGGUAAUCGAAGACACACAAAAAGUUGAUUAUGAUCAUGUUGAUAGAAUUGCUUUACAAUUUGAUUCAAAAGUAAUAAUUGAACUAAAAAAUAACAUUUUGCUAUUAAGAAAGAAUUGGAAAAUAAUGGAUAGAGAUUGAGCAAUUUAAUACUCAAACUUCUUCUAUCUAAGAUUUAGAGUAUACAUUCUAAGCGAUCAAAGUGCAUUUAUUGACUAAAUAGAAAGCUCUUGGAGAAAAAAUUCGAAAACUUUCAAUAACCUAUUAGACUUAUAUUGAAAAUUAAUUAUAGACUACAAGUAACUUUAUGAUUGCCACUUGUCCAUCUUUACCCUAGGGGGAUUUCAAAAAUGUGAUAUAAAAGAUAUUGAAUUGCUAGAUAAAUCCAAAUAUCUAAUUUAACAUAUUUUUAAAUAUUACACCUGCUUUAUAAUAAUAUCAAAAAUCUGCUGAGAUAUUAUCAAUGGCCAAAUAAAUCAAAUUAGCAAAAGGUCAAUUAGAUAUUGCUUAGUUGACUUCGAGUAGAUCUGUAAGUGAAUAUAAUUUAGUAGAUGAUGAAGCUUAAAAAUAGAUGAGAAUAAUCAAUAAUAAAUUGAUAUUGAAGCAGCAAGAAAUUGAUUAAGGUAAAAAGGCUCUUGAUUUGAGCUUUAAGCAAAACUUGACAAUUAAUUAGGAUAACAUAAUACCAUUUCUAAAUAAAAUAGAAGAUUAAUAUGAAAAUGAAUUAGAAGAAGAAUAAAAAAUCUUAGAAUGUUGCAUUUCUAGAUAAAUUGGCAAUUCAAUUAGAUUAGAUUAUUAGAAAAUAGCAAAUAAGUUAAUCUAAUGUUGA